UUUUUUUUUUUUCUUUGACUAGAUUUAAAUGAGGUUUAGUGUAGAAAUUAUGCUAAUUGGGUGAAUAAGGGCGAAACAAUCAAUCCAAAAACCAAGCAAAACAAUGUAAAUGGGCCAAUGUCGAAGUGUAAACAAAGAGUCUAUCCUGCUCAAGUAAGUUGAUGUUUACAUAAGGAAUGAGCAGGAUUGACUCUAUUACACUUCGGCAAUGACCAAACAAUGACCCAUUUACAUUGUUUUGCUAGAAAUACUUGCAUGCAAGUAUCACAGAACGGCAAGAAACAUAAAACGCAACGUCAUUUGCGAAUGCGUCACUUCGAUUUUGAAAGAUCCCGUUACUCAGUCCCACUAUUCCACCCUCUGAGAAAUAAAACGCUCCGAUAAGCCUGAAGGUUGAAAAAACUGGAGCUGAUGAAGGCCGACCGGGGCGUUACAUUUCUCAGCGGGCACCCGCGACCACAACUGUCACUGUCCUGAUGUAAACAACGAAAGGUAGACGAUUCCGUGCCGGCUGGACCUACUACGGCAAACAAUUUCGUCCGGCAAAAAAGUACCGCAACGACAAGUGCUCGCGUCAGAACCAACGUUGUACCGCCGGAUUAAGCUUGGUUUAGCGAUUACCUCGAUUCUGCGCAGCUCGUGCAGCCUGUUCCAGCAGCUGGCGAAAAUCACGGCCUCGGGGCGGACCGCAAGAACGAUCUCAGCCCAAAUCGCUAACUGCUCGAGAGUUCCCAUCAGCAUCAGUGGCCAAAGAUCGCGGUGGUUUGCGAUGAACCGUAUAGCGCGUAUCGCGAGUGAGAUUGGAAUCGCGAUGGGUCGGAUUUUGGCGUUCACGGACUAGGCUGAUGGUGUUGGUGUACGUGUCUUGUUCAAACAAGUCGACCCGGAGAGGACACGAUGGUCGUGAUUGAUACGGUUACCCUACCAGCACCGAGACGCGGGCCAAUGUCCAGACUGACUGUCAGAGAUCGACGUGAACACGCUGAUGCUGAACAAAUUAGGACUACCAGAAACUAUUUUUGUCGGAUGUGGUCAAUCCUUGGGCCUUGGGCAGUUUUCGAGCAAUCUGAAGGGUGAAGAAUUGACAGUUCGAUGGGCAUUACACUCAAGUUAUGAAAAUGGCCGUCCAAGCACCGAGAGCAACUAUCACCGACUUGAAAGUGGCCAACAGCAAGGACAGAAUCCACGGUUUAGGAAUCCACCCAAGAUUGCAAGAAUCUGGAACGCGAUCCGGGAGAAAAUUGUGAAGGUGUCAACACUGGUCGGGGAGCAAGAUAGUGACUGUCCGCAGAAUCCGGAUGACGUCCUUUCGAAGGGCUAGUACGCAGAUCGGAAGGAAAGGGGUCAAGAAACAGCUUUACGAACAGCAGAACAAAUGAGAGGGAGCGAUUUCUUGGGGCUUUUCUUCACCCUCUCUGGCUUGCUUUCGCUGCCGCUGCUGCCCAUUUGAAAUUUUCCUUGACCGAUUCCUUCCGAAGUGCAUACACCGCUGAAACAUGGACAAGUUAGGGGGAAAUUACCAGUGAACUUGCAGAAACUUAUGGCCACUAUGGCGGAUGAACCGAAUUCGGAAAAAGUGCCCAAACUUGUUAUGCACACUGGCAAUUACCGGUCGGUUUAGGAAAAAAAACAUAAAUACCUUAAUUUAUAAUAUAAGAAAAUAUCAGUUUUUUUUAUGAAUAAAGAAAAUAAAUAAAGAAAAUUUCAAAACCAAUACUUUUUUUCUUUAAUUAUAUUUAUGUUCGCUGCAGUUCUCCGUGCACAAUCGAUUUUCUUCAUUUCCGAGUUUUCAAUUUAGUCCAAUUAAAAUUUUAUUGAAGUAUUGUGACAAAUCAAACAAACUCAAGUUAAGUGUAAUAAACUUUUGUUUAAUUUUAUUUGUGUUCAAACUCGUUCGUUUUUUUUCCACUGUCUUGCCUCAAAACUGGGAGUACCCUCGGUGGUUGGUCACUUUUUCGUUUGACACUUUUUAGUAUUUACAGCGUUGGUUUGACAAAGUCAAACUAAAUUUGCCACUGUUAACAGUAACGAACUGUCACUUUUUAACACGGAACUCAAACCAAAUGUUUGGCAGUAAGUGUAAGCUUAUGUAAAAUGGGGGACAGACUAAAAAGUGACCCUUUCUUUUAACAACAAUUGGUGUCAAACCAACGGGGUUUCAGUGUACAGGGUUUAGAAUGCACGGACGUUUUUUUGUACAGAAUACUUGUGAAUCAUG